AUGUCUCUCGCACUCUACGCCCUACUAACUGCCCUGGUAGCAGUAGCAGCCUACAGCCUCCGCAACGUCGGUCGCAGGCCCGCCAACUACCCUCCAGGCCCACCGACACUCCCCAUCAUAGGAAACCUGCAUUUAAUGCCGAAGGAAAAGCCGCAUCUACAAUUCCAAAAGUGGGCUCAAGAAUACGGUCCCGUGUAUUCACUUAUUCUCGGUACGAAGGUCAUGGUCGUGUUGUCGUCGGACCAGGCUGUGAAGGAUCUGCUUGAUAAGCGAAGCGGGAUCUAUUCGUCGCGUCCGGAUAUGUAUCUUGGACAGAUUCCAUACGGCGAUACAUGGCGCAUGAUUCGGAAGAUUGUUCAUCUCAACCUCAAUGUCAAGGCGGCGCGCACAUAUGUGCCAUAUCAAGAAUUGGAGAACAAGGCCAUGCUUGUCGGUUUCUUGGACAGUCCAGAUCUCUUCAUUGACCACAUCCGCCGUUACACAAACUCUUUGACCACGCAGAUGAUCUUCGGGUUUCGCACUACAAGCAUCGACGACCCCAAGUUGAAACAGCUCUACUCGGGCUUCGAGAAGUUCUCCGAACUAAUGGGCGAGACCACAGCCAAACUAGUCGACCUCUUCCCAAUACUGCGCUCACUACCCGACUUCGCGCUUCCCCUACGGAAAUACGCAAAGGAAUUGCACAAAAAGGAGAGCGAGCUAUACGUCGGCCACUGGCUAAACGUGAAGAAAGCAAUAAAAAACGGGACUGCCAAACCAUGUUUCUGUGUCGACCUAGUCCGCGCCCAAGACGACGAGAACUUCUCAGACGAGCUCGCAGGCUACGUGAGCGGUUCGUUGCUGGAAGCGGGAUCAGACACUACAUCCGCCACACUCAUCGGGUUCAUCCAAGCAAUGAUCCUCUUCCCCACCGUCGCCGCCACCGCCCGUUCAGAACUCGACACGAUCUGCGGCCCCCGCCUCCCCACCCUCUCCGACCUACCCUCCCUCCCCUACAUCCGCAGCUGCGUCAAAGAAAGCAUGCGCUGGAUGCCCACCGCCAUCCUCGGCGUCCCCCACGCCGUAAUCCGGGACGACGAGUACAUGGGGUACAAGAUCCCCAAAGGCGCGGGUGUGCUGUGGAACGUUUGGGCCAUCCAUAACGAUCCGGCGCGGCAUGCUGAUCCACGGAGAUUCGAUCCCCAGCGGUAUUACGAGGAUGCGCAGACGGCGGCGGAGGCGGCGUGUAAUGCUGAUGCGGCGGAGCGGGAUCAUUUUCUUUUUGGGGCGGGGAGGAGGCUGUGUCAGGGUAUGCAUAUUGCGGAGCGGAGUUUGUUUUUGGCUAUUGCGCGGUUAUUGUGGGCGUUUGAGUUUCAUCCUGGUAAAGAUGUGGAUGGGAAUGUUGUUUUGCCUGAUGCGGAUGAUUUGACGGAGGGUAUGUUGGUGCAGCCGCGUCCUUUCAAAGCGAGGAUUGUGCCGAGGGAUGGGGGGAGGGAAGCGGUUGUGAGGGAGGAGUGGGCGAAGAUGGGGGGGUUGCUGGAUGCGGAGGGGCAGUGGAAGGUGCUGCCUGAGGGGCUGAUUUGGAAGGAGUAUGAUAGUGCUGCGAAGACUGGGUGA